AGAGCAGCUGCUCUGAUAGUUCAGUGUAAAGAUCUACAGUCACACACACAUCACAUCUGGAAGUGUGAAGCUGCUCUCCUCCAGUGAUUGGCCUUCUUUUACUCAGCAGUCAUGUUGAUUUUACUCGCUGCCAUUUUCAUCCUCCACAUCACCUGCAUCUGUCUGCUGCUGGCUGCCACCAUUCAUAAUGCCUGGUGGGUGACCGAAACAAUGUCCACUGAUAUUUGGGGUCGCUGGAUUCUGAUUAGAGGAAACUGGAGCUACACAGAGAAUCUUGGUCACUAUCCUCAAGAGUAUCUGCAGGCGGUUCAGGCCAGCUCUGUGCUCGCCUGCAUCUUCUGCAUCCUGGGGCUGUUCGUGUUCGUGGCUCAGCUCUACACACUACCUAAAGGAAAGCGCUUCCUGUUUACUGGAGUCUUCCAGCUGCUGGCCUGGCUGUGCAUCAUGAUCGCGGCCUCCAUCUACACCAACAUCUUCCACAAAGACAAGGAACCGGGCUGGUACGGAGGCUCCUUCAUCCUGGCCUGGAUCUCCGUCUGUCUCACCUUCAUCUCCUGCAUCUCCUACUUCUUCCUGCGCAAGAAGAAGGCGUGAAGAACACACUCUCACACACAAAGACUACAGACACCCACUAUCUCUAACCCACACACACACACACAAUCUGCAUCAGUAGAUGUUUAAACACUCGUCACAUGCUGUCGAUGAUGAUCCUCUGAUCUCAGAACAGCUCAGGUCUCAAAGCAUCUCUAGAUCACAGAUCUUAUCCAUUAUAUAGCUUAAUGUAAAAUAAUGUCUUAAAAUCGUAAUGUCUAAAUCUGUCAUUGUUUUGUUGUAAAUGUAGUGUUUUCACAGUAGUUUAACAUUAGUUACAGUGAUUAUUCAGUAAGACUACCUGAUGUGUU